AUGGCAGGGUCAGCGCCAGGGGUAGAUCCAACCAAAACUCCCCUUGUCCCUGCACCUGCCGGGCAGCAGUCGAACUUCGUCAAUCCGGUCAGCCAUGUCAAUGAAUACUACAUCAUCGCAGGCAUCUGUACUGCGUUGAUGACUUUUCUUGUUUUUGUGAGGCUGUAUAUCCGGUUCUUAGUUACUCGUACGCCGUGGUGGGAUGACUCUCACAAGUGUACGACUCAGCUCUCUCAAUUCGCAUACACAGGCGUAAUUAUCAAAGAGGGAUCCCUCGGGCUCGGACGACAUGCGUGGGAGGUCACGCUGGCCAACUUCGCUGAAUUCGAUAAAUAUGCGAGACCCCUCACCGCGCCAGCGAUCUACUUCACGAAGCUGACCCUGCUCCUGCUAUACCUGCGCCUCUUCUUGCUGAAUCGCCCCGUGAAGAUCGGUAUCUGGGGAGGUAUCGUGUUCUGCACGAUCUACUACACCGCUGCAUUCUUCCUCAACCUCUUCUUAAAAGACCUGCACGCGCUCUCGAAAUUGGCGUACAGCGUAGGUGUUGUCGGUGUUGUCAGCGACGUAUACAUCAUCACACUUCCGUUGCUGGCUAUUGCGCAGCUGCGUCUGAGCAGGGCCAAGAAGUGGCGCGUUGCUGCUGUAUUCCUUACGGGACUUUUAAGUGUGGUGAUGAGUUUUUUGGGCUGCAUAUACCGCUUCCAAGUCAACAUCGUGGACAUUACUUACUCCCUCCUGCCGAUCUACAUCGUCAACACCUUGGAAGUUGACAUCGGCAUAAUAUGCACCUGCCUCCCUCUCCUCGGCGCACUCUUCAAAGAAAACACGAAGGAAUCCCGGCGGCCGACCAGCUCGCGAUCCAUCCACAUCCGUCUCUCUCCCUCACGCUCGCGAUUUCCACACAGCGUGGACAAGAAACAUCAGAAUCACAGUUCUGAUAAUAUCGAGCUUCUUCCGCAGACCUCUGCCUCAGGUGCGGUUCCGGAGACUAAUAUUGUGUCGCCGCCAUCUAGUCCACCGAAUGCGAUUUGGCGCAAAACGACGAUUGAACAGAAGUGGGGAGAGUCUUGCUGUUAG